CCAGCAUCGUCCUCUCUCGUUCUUCGUUUGCGCCAUGGCCGCCGUCCUGCCGCCGCCGCCGCGCGCCACCUCUGUGCUCGUCAUCGGCAUGGCCGGCUCGGGCAAGAGCACCUUUGCCGCUGCCCUUGCCCGCACGCGGCAGCGCGACGCCCUCGACGCCGCACAGAGCUCGGCACAGGGCUCGGCAGACGCCGCCGCUGCCGCUGCUGCAGCAGCAACGCCGGACACACGGCCGACGCCCGCAUACCUCGUCAACCUCGACCCGGCAGUCACGACGCUCGGCUACGAGCCAAACGUCGACAUCCGCGACACGGUCGACUACCGCCGCGUCAUGGAAGAGUACAACCUUGGCCCGAACGGCGGCAUCCUCACCGCGCUCAAUCUCUUCACCACGAAGUUCGACCAGGUGCUGGGCAUCCUCGAGAAGCGCGCCACGGACUGCCAAGAGAUCAUCCUGGACACGCCGGGCCAGAUCGAGAUCUUCACCUGGUCCGCCUCUGGCUCCAUCAUCACUGAUGCGCUCGCCAGCGCCAUGCCGACGUGCGUCGCCUACGUCAUCGACACGCCACGCACGACGGCGCCGGCGACGUUCAUGAGCAACAUGCUCUAUGCGUGCAGCAUCAUGUACAAGACGCGCCUACCAUUCAUCCUCGUCUUCAACAAGACCGACGUGCAGUCGUCGGACUUUGCGCUCGAGUGGAUGAAGGACUUUGAGGCCUUCCAGGCGGCACUGGCGGGCGGCAACGCGACGGAGCCGAGCGACGUGGGUGCGCACCCUUCUGUGGCCGCAGCGACACGAGCGGCGCAGCGUGGCGAGGACCAGGGGUACAUCAACAGCUUGAUGAACUCGAUGGCGCUGGUGCUCGACGAGUUCUACAACAACCUGCGGGCGGUGUCCGUCUCGUCGACGACAGGCGACGGCAUUCCUGCCUUCUUCUCUGCCGUGCAGGAGGCGCGGCAAGAGUACCUCGAAGACUACCGGCCCGAGCUGGAGCGCGUCAAGCGCGAGCGCGACGAGAAGCGCGAGCGCAAGAAGGGCGAGGAGGUGGCGCGUCUCAUGCGCGACAUGGCCAUGGGCGAGCAGGCUGGUGCAAAGGAGGACGGCGCCGAGGAGGAGAAGAUCAUCGACCGGUAUGAGGGUGACGGAGAGAUCAUCGAGCCGGAUGCAGACGAAGAGAUGGGCACGCGCGACCCAGACGUCCCGGGCACCAAUCAACGCAACACCCAUGCUCUGCCACGUUCGUCCGGCUGGGACGAUGGAGCACAGUGGCCACGACCCGCAUGAGGGCAAUGCAAUCACUGUCACGCAGCUCGCAGAAG